AUGACGACUCCCUCAGGCCCGUCAGAUGCUGACAUGGAGGAUUACUAUCGGCGGUUUCUUCCGUUCCGAUAUUUAUUCCAAUGGCUUCUGCAUUCCCCUAAAGUGACUACCGACUUUACUAAGCGGGAGAUUGCCUAUGAACUUCGGGGUGAUAUCUACCAACGGUACCAAUCAUAUGGUUCUGAGAAAGAAUUCAAGCAAGCAGUUGAAAAAUCGAACCCUUUGCGGUUUGAAAUUGGGGCCAUUUACAAUGUAUUUCCCAAAGACCGCAAGGUUUUACCGAAGCUGGCACUUAAGCCGGUAGCGAAGGAGUUGAACUUCGAUAUCGAUUUGACAGAUUACGAUCCCAUCCGGACGUGUUGUCAAGACAAAGCCAUCUGCAGAAAGUGUUGGAAAUUCAUCAAGGUGGCCUCUAAUAUCAUUGACACGGCGUUGCGUGAUGACUUUGGAUUUAAACAUAUCUUGUGGGUGUUCCUGGGUCGACGCGGGGCCCAUUGUUGGGUCAGUGACGCCCGUGCCAGAAAUCUUGAUGAUCUAUCUCGUCAAGCCUUGAUUGCUUAUUUCGAUGUAUUGGGUGGCGAGAAGAGAAUCAAAAAACCUUACCACCCUGCAUUAGAACGGGCUUUCGAAAUUUGCAAGUUGGAGUUCGACGAGAUCAUUCUCCAUGAGCAAGACCCAUGGAACACGAAGACCAAAGCCACACCGCAUAUUGAUGCGAACGUUGAAGAGCUUCUAGAGUUCAUGCCUGAGAAAGAACUUCGCGAUGCAUUGAAGGCGAAAUGGGAUAAAACACCACUGUCGCUGUUAGACAAAUGGAAGGACAUCAACAAAGUUGCAGCUGAGCUUUUCGGCAAAAAUAAGUUUAAGCUUACCAGUGUGAUCGAUGCCAAAAAAGAUAUCAUUAUUCGAUACUUGUACCCGCGCCUUGAUGUUAACGUCUCACGUCAAUUGAAUCACUUGUUGAAGUCUCCUUUCUGCAUCCACCCAGCCACGGGUAAUGUGUGUGUCCCCUUUGACCCCUUCCACAGUUUACUCGACGAAGAUCCAACCGAUUAUGGGUUUGACCCGGUGACGUCCCCCAAAUUAGCCGAGAUUCAACAGGAAGCCGAGAACAACAAGAGUAGUAGUUCUGAUGCUUGGGAUGCGACGCUGCUCAAACCAUAUGUGGCUUACUUCGGCAAGUUUGUCACGAACUUGUACAAAGAAGAGUUGCACGACCGCAAACGUUCGGCGGAUGAUGACGCGGGAGAGGACGAUUUGAUGUUUUGA